GACGCAAUCGGGGAGCUUUUCCUUCCAAUUCCACAUCAUUGACAUAUGGAGCCCAGUUUCCCCCUCGCGGUCCCUCCGGCCUGCCGCGACUGCGGAAAACCUUGCAAGCUCUACCAUGCCAGGAGCACAGGGCGUCCGUACUACGCCUGCCGCCGUUGGGAUGAGAGCGACUAUCACCCGAAGUCUGUCUUUGCUUGCUUCGACGACUCGACCGGCGUAUCCAGCGCCAAUCCACCCUGCUACUGCGAGUACAGCAGUCGGCGAACCAAGAGAAACAACGGCGAUUCACACUUCUUUUCCUGCCCCAUCGGCAAGUGCAGCUAUAUUGUGUCUGAUGACACGACAGAAAGUAGCGCCGAUGAGAGUGACUCGAAAUAUACCACCAUGUCAUUGAGCACAGCUCUAAGAACCACAGCGAGCCCCGAACCCGGCUGGCUUUUCGGGCGCCCCCAAUCGAACACGUCUCAGCCCAGCAGGGCGUUCACACUUGUGUCCUCCCCCUUGAUCACAGCAUCCUCCACACAGUCUGGUGCCUUUGCCGCCGAUGAUGUCUUCCGCGCCCCGGCUCCGGCUUCAACCGUACAGGGAUCCAUAGUGCCGGCGCCCACGGCUCCGCCCAGCGGACCCACGACCGAUAUGCCAUCCAGGUUCGGAGCUACAGCUACUGUUUUCGGAUCCCCUGCCGACGAAUACGCGACACAAUCCAGUAUUCCUGCGGGCGGCCUCUCCGGGUCUGCGCCGGUCGUGUCGACAAGCCCGUCCACCACUCCCCAACUCCAGCCAACGUUCGUCUUUUCUUCGCCAACCACAGCGCCGACGUCACAAUCCAAUAUCAUCACCAGCGGACUCUCGGGGCUCUCACUUCCAGAAUCUGCCAACAAGUGCACUAUUCCGCCGACUACAGCAAGCCCACCACAACCCGCCGCGAUGGUCGGCUUCACGCUCCCAGCAACUGCCACAGGAAGUCGCAGUGAGUGUGCGGCGGCUUCUCUGCCCAAAUCCCCGCAAACUUCAAUCGUCCCACUCGAUAACAGUGGUGAUCUUGGCGACACCUGUGAACCGAUGAAGCUAGUUGUGCAGCCGCGACGAUCUGUUUGUGAAAGCAAGUUUGACGAGAAAAUGACCAGGUCGCGCAGGUCGCCGUUGUGCUGUUGCAUGAUGUAA